UACUGAAAAUAUGCGUUAACGGAGAUGCAACUCUGUUAUACACGUGACAAACGACGCCAUCUAUUCAGUGUGAAGCUCGAACCUCUACCUUUCGCAGACGAACGUCAUUUGUUUUGAGUGUCGGUGUUUUUUGGGUUAAUAAGGAAAAUGGAUAAAAUUAAAAUACAAUGCAGAGCGUGCAUGACCUUGACAGCUCGAGAGUAUAUUGAUAUGCAGUCGAUAUUUACUGAUGAACUCAGUUAUUAUGACGUAUUUGCAUUUGUAACGCAGCUAAAUGUAAAAUCUGGUGAUGGGUCGGUGACAAUGUUAUGUCAAAAUUGCGCAAAUAACGUAAAGAAUAUCUAUACAUUUCUAACUGAGGCACAUUACUCCGAUAUAGAAUUUCGUGGAAAAAUGGAAUCAGAGGGCAAGUCAGAGAAUAAGCAGACUAAAUGGUUCAUGAAUGAGUUUCGUAAAAAAAGUGCAGAAAAGGAAGGUGCUGAAAACAGUGUAAAUAUUGUCGAAGCAAGAGCAACUUCGUCAAGACUUGAUCUAGGAAAUAUUUGUGAAGAAAUGCUAUGCGAAGAUGCUUUUCUAAGCAAAGUUACACCAACUAAGGGAGAUUAUUCUUUGCCUAAAAAGUUGAACAAGUAAACGUUUGAAAAGUUCGUAUCAUUGAGCUCAACAAUAAAUUUUUCCGAGUUCCAAAAUCCAAAAAGUUUGUAAAUCUACACAAAAAAGUGAGAGAAAAAUUGUAUGAAACUUGUCAAUAUCUAGUCUGUGUAGUCUUCAUGCAACUUGAUUUGUAAUGAUAGUUUCUGUUUAUU